UCAGGUUACGGGGGCGGGGCCUGGUGUCAUGGCUGCGCCCUGUUCGGAUCGAGUCUCCUGAAGGUGUUGACAAUGUCCAAGGAGCAGGUGAUCAGUGAGCUCCUGCUCUCAUUAGACAGUUCAGAGCUGCAGGAGGCGGAGCAAGUGAGAGCAACAGUCAACCAGCAGCUGAGCUCAGACAGAGGAGGUGCUGUUCUCUCCUCUCUGGUGGAGUAUUACCUGGACUCCUCAUCGUCUCAGGCAGUUCUCCUCCUGUCGACCGUCAGAGAACCUCAUCACAAGCUGCUGUUGGAGAAGCUCCACGAGUCUGUGAACAGACCUGGAACCAGAUUGGCUGCUCUGACUCUGCUGGGUCACCUGAUCCGCAAACAACCGCCGUGGGUUCAUCACAUCAGCCGGUCGCCACUGCUGCCAUCACUGCUGCGCUACCUCAAGACAGACAGUGAUGUGGCCGUUCUGAUAACUGCAGUCCUUGUCCUCAUCACUCUGUUACCCAUGAUCCCUCAGGCCGGGAAACAGCACAUCUACGACUUCUUCGACGUGUUCGGACGCCUCGCAUCCUGGAGUUAUAGAAACCCAGGUCAUGUACCUGCGGUUCACCUGGUCCACCUUCAUGCAGGUGUGUACUCACUGUUCCACCGUCUGUACGGGAUGUUCCCCUGUAACUUCAUCUCCUACCUGAGGCUCCACUACAGCAUGAAGGAGAACCUGGACACCUUCCAGGAGAUCGUUAAG